GCGAUUUAAUGUUCAGGGUUCUGGGCGCCUGACAUGCCGAAGCAAUCGAAAGCAUCAAAGCAAACACCACGCAAGUCUGCAGUGUCGCCAGCUCUUACGUUUCCAGAGAUCCUGCAGAAAGAAACUCUCGAAUGUCGCGUGCUGCUGGAAGACCAGAUUAUCCUUAUAGAUGAGUUUCUCUCUGUUGAAGAGUGUAAACGUUUUGUGAAGUUCAUCGACAACACUCCGUUGGAGUUAACACCUCCCAAGAAGAAAGGGGAAGCUGAGAGGGUCAAUUUUCGUUUUUCUGUGACCUCUACUUCAUUUGCUCAGAAGUUACAUUCCCUUCUGUUACCAUAUCUCCCAUCUUUCCCUCCUCCGGCUUCAGUCAGGCGGCGUCCUCCGCAUGGCGAAAAGCGCUCGCCUCACUCAUGCAACUCAAAUAUUCGCAUGUACAAAUACACGCCGUCGCAGUACUUUGGACCUCACUAUGAUGAUUCUGUCCGUGACCCAGAGACGGAAGCAAAAUCUGAAUGGACAGUACUUGUUUACCUAACUGGAAUCGAGGAUGGAGUCGAAGGUGGUGAGACACUGUUUUACAAGGAUGAGCGGGGGAAAGCACGCGAAACCAUUGUAGCACCUCUAACGCGUGGAACUGUUCUUCUCCAUCGCCACGGAAAUGAAUGCCUACUUCACGAGGGUUCGCUGGUUCGCAAUGGAACUAAGUAUAUCCUCCGCUCAGACCUCAUGUUCAUGUGACGACAAUUAAGUACGAUCGCCAUAUCCUUCACUCUUUUGUACUCGCGAUCUCUGGUAAUCAGGCCUAGGGCUUGGUUGGACUUCUAGGUCAAUUGUCAACUGUCGAUCAAGCUUUAAAUCAUGCAUACCAUCGACCUUGUCACCGCCUUGGUAGUCGGACGAUGUCUCUAUACUUAUUCUCGAAUGUAUCUUGAUGCUUGUACUCAAAACUUGUCCC